ACCUAUAAAUACAAGACUGCGAGUAAAUUGUAACCAGUAUUCUGUUAACGUUUGUUGGGAGUGGAAGUCGAUUAUCGUCGAUUGUCAAUGGCGGGGAAUAUACCCAACUUUGAGGAUAAAUUAGAGAAGUAUUGGAGGCGUCUUUUUUAUCUGCAGCCAAAGGCAGAAUCCAUUCCUUUGGAUCCUUAUGCAGUAGAGUACUUUGGAGUUUUUAGUAUUAGUGAUCCCCAGGCCACCGACCGAAAACUUUGGUACAUCUAUUGCUGCCUGAGGACUGAAAUUCCAGAAGUUGUGGAGAGGAUACGCCAGAAAUAUGGCAAAAAGAACGUGUACGAAAUUUUUCAGAAGCCGACAUUUAGCGGAGUGGGUUUUCGCAGGAUCGUGAGAGAUUACUUUUCCAACCUAAAGUGGUUUACUAGCGGUAAUCUCUUGGAGGCGCCUCCAAAUAGUUACUAUAAUGAUGAAAGAGUUGUCAAGAUGAUUUCAGAUUUGCACGAUAAAGAGCAAAGAAGGCUGUUUGACUAUAUAAUGGUGCAGCACGAUUGGUUUAAGCGGUACAAUGAUCAAAAACCACCCCCUAGCCGGCAUUAAAAUUGUAAAUAAUUAAAUGUAAACAAAUAAAGCUUAUUUCUUAUCGAUAGCCAGCAGAGUUGCAUUCAAAAGCUCUUUUGGCUCUAUUGUGAAAUUGGAAAUCGUAAACAAAACAAAUUUAU